AGAGUAACAGUUUUACAAAGAGAUUCACUGUGAGCAACUCAAAAGGAAGAAUAAAGAGGCAGAGGAUCAUCUGGAGUUGUGCCUCCAUCAGUGUGCUGAGAUGGAAAGGUGUGAAAGUCAAGAGCUGGAUGUUGAAAUAAGGAACCUGAUAGGGAAGAGUGACACCUCCCAGUGGUGUGAGGACCCCAAACCCGUUGCACAAGAGAGUGUGAACCCUCAGAGAACUUCGUGUUCCCUUAAGGUCCACAGUGAAACGGCCGCUCAGGGCCACCUUGGGUGCACGUGGGCAGGUGGGAGUGACAUGGAAGCCCCAGCAGACCCCCUGGAAUCAAGGCACACGUUACUGAGCAGAAAGAAGACUUCAUCACCCACCUCUCUGGAACAGCAGAUCCUCUCACUGGAAAGGCAGAGACAAGAGCUUCUGGAGGUGAACAAGCAAUGGGAUCAUCAAUUUAGAACCAUGAAACAGCUCUAUGAAAAGCAGCUGGCGGAGAUGAGAGCAAGGCUGGACGUGUCGGAGAGGAGAGUGAGCGAGCUGGAGCAGGACAGGCAUCGACAGCAGCCAGGGGAUGAGAGGCUGGGAGUGCAGGGCAGAGAGAAGCUGUGGCAGGAAAAGGAAGAAACCAAAGUCCUGAGUGAAGCCCUGCAUGAGGUGAGGGAGGAGAACAAGCUGCUGAAGCAGAAGAACGCCUCCCUGCUCAGAAAGAAGGAGCACUACGAGGGGGAAAUAAGCCGUCUCAAUAAGGCCCUCCUGGACGUGCUGAAAAAGCAGCACUCACCUGUUCUUGGGACUCCCCCGGAGAAGGGUGACAGGAACAGCCUUGAGGAGAUGAGAACCCAACUUGAAGUGCUGAGACAGCAGGUACAAAUAUACGAGGAAGACUUCCGGAAGGAGAGAUCUGACCGAGAAAGACUCAGCGAGGAGAAAGAAGCGCUGCAGAAAGUGAACGAGAGAUUGCAGUCUCAACUGAAUAAACUCAGCUCUCAGACUAAAGACCUCCCAGCAGCACAGCCUGAGAGGCCCAGUUACCCACCUCCCCUCUUCCUCUCACCCUGUGUGAAUUAUGGGAGGUGUGGGAUGCUCCUUCACUAUGCAGAUCCUCGAGUACAACCAGGGCCUUGCAGGGCACACGAACAGCAGCAGCAGCACUUGCCAGACUAUCAGUGGUAUGUUCCUGACCAGCUUCCGCCAGAUGUGCAGCACAAGGCAGAUGAUUCAGCCCCGGAGAAGGGAGCCCAGCGCUGACAGCCCGAGACCUGGAGAAGUGUAAACCAAAGGCUGCAAGCAAGUCUUCCAACUUCAUUAUUCCGUUUUCUUCUGGGUUU